UUGUUUAUUAUUAUUAUUAUAACAAAAUAAAAAGUCAAGUCACGUUGUAACGAAAAUUGGUUUUAAUCUCUUUUUAAAUUGUCCCACAAAUUGGUGACUCUUCCCACAGUCGGUUAAUGUUUGGUGUAGCAUAAUUGGUAAUAAAUUGAUCGGUACCAUACUUUAUUGAUGGUAUGCUGAAUGGGGUAUGCUGAAAUACCGAAAUUUUGUAGAUGACGUCUUACCAACGUUAUUUGUAGAUUUGAGCAGGGAACAAAGACAAAAUAUGUGGCUGCAAAAUGAUGGGUGACCAGCACAUUUUUCACAUAUUGCACGUGAAGCUUUAGUUUGGGAUUAUACUGGGCGAUGGAUUGGAAGGGGAAGUCCAAUUUCCUGGUCUGCCAGAUCACCUGAUAAUAGGAUAAUGUUUAUCGCGAAGUACCAACUACGCCAGAAAACAUGAAAGAGCGGAAAUUUUUAUGUAAAAUGAACCGUUUUCGAGAUAAUCGCUUGUCUCACGUUAAAUGGACCACCGUAUAUGGGAUGAAAAGACAAGAAUAUACAAAAUUUAAAAAAUGGUAGUUUUGUAGUUUCAAUGCAGAUUGGUAAAAGUCAUUUUGGAAUUACUUUCUAGAAAAACGUUAUCCAAUAGUUUAAAUAGCCAUGAAAAUGAAUUCAUCAAUAAGGCAAUUACGGACAAUGUUCUGGGAGCAUUAUAAAAUACGAAAACGGCACUUCCUAUUAACAUUGUUGGAGAUUUGUCUUCCAAUCAUUAUAUUUCUUGUGGUGGCAAUUAUACGAAGCAAACACUCUUCGUUCAAAAAAGACUACACUCCUACUAGACCCCCUUACGAAACAACGGAUUCUGAACUAUUAACUGCUAUCAAUAUUGUCGAUACCAAACUCUUCUAUUCUCCUCAAACGAAGUUUACCUCUGACUUGGCGAGAGAAAUUCAAUUAAAAGUUAACUUGUAUAAUGAAGGUGUAAAAGGGUUUGAUAGCUAUAAGGAUGUUAUUAGGUACUAUAAAAACAGUGGAGAUGAUGAGGUCGUAGUUUAUAUUAAUUUUGGUGAUGUUGAGGAUGAAAUUCCAACAAGAUUAAAAUACGAUAUACAAAUCUACAAAGAAGGUGUCGACUGGAAAACCGACAAAUUAUUUAGAUAUGAUUUAGUUUAUGCUCCUGAAGCAGGAUCACAGCAAUAUUUAGAAAGUGAAUUUCUAAUAUUCCAAUGGGCGUUGGAUACAUGUUACUUAGAAAUGCUUACCAAGUCACCUUUAAACAUUUCUAUGAGCUUUCAAGAAUUUCCACAUCCACCACAUUGGUUUGAUAAUGGCAUGAACACUAUGUUUGUUCACAUUUUACCGCUGUUAACAAUCUUAAGUUUUAUUUUCUUGAUCCCAGCUGUUUUAAGAAUCGUUAUUAUUGAGAAAAAAGCAGGAAUGAAGCAACUUAUGACAAUAAAUGGUUUAAAAUCUUGGGUAUAUUGGCUAGGAUGGUUUCUCAACGCUUGCAUUCCAUGUCUAAUAUCUACAGUUAUAAUAUCGAUUUUAUUAACGAAACGUCUUUUUACUGCUGAAUACGCUCCACUUCAAUACGUAUCAUUUCUUCAACUUUCUUUAUUGAUAUUCUUAUACUGCGCGGCUACCAUUAAUUUUAUAUUUGCUUUGAGCAUCUUUUUCAAAGAUGCAAUUUUAGCAAUGAUUACCGGUAUAUCAAUUUGGUUCCUUGUUUAUUUUGUUUACUCCAGUAUAGUCGGGAAUGUGGAUAUCAUGCCUCUUAAAUUAAAAUUGUUAGCCUCUUUAAUACCCACAAUCGGUUUAUAUAAUGGAUUUCAAGUGAUAUCUGUGGCGGAAAUUAGAGGAUCACCCGUUGGAUUUACUGAAUACCCCCGAGCAAGUUCCGAUGAUAUGACAAUGCAAAUGACUUUUAUAAUGUUGUUGGUAGAUGGCAUACUUUAUUUAACAAUUACUAUAUGUUUCGAUAGCGAUCAUCAAGGAAAAUAUAAAAUCUCUACUUUUCUUUCAAACUGUAUAAAUUUAUUCCGAAGUCGGAAUAAUCAAGAUAAUUUGAUCAAUAUGGAAUUAGAACCAAUAGUUUCUCAUGAAAAGGGUCAUGAAGUUGUGCUGGAGAUAAAAGACAUAACAAAAACAUAUGGCGAUAUAGUUGCUCUCAACAGAUUAAACAUGCAGAUUUAUAAGGAUAAUUUGACUGUUAUUCUCGGUAAUAACGGGGCGGGAAAAUCUACAAUACUAUCGAUACUGACAGGACUAGAGACGCAAACGAGUGGAAAAGUGACAAUGAAAUCAAUGGAGAAUAUUAAUUUACAAGACAGGCACCUUAUAUCAGUUUGCCCACAAGAAGAUAUGUUAUUUCCCGAGUUAUCCGUUGAAGAACAUCUUGAAUUUUUCGGAAAGUUAAAAGGUUUGCCUGACAAAGAAAUAAAAAAUAAUGUAGAGGUGCUUUUAAAAGAGCUAAAUCUUUAUGAUAAACGAAAAGCAAACGUUUUGGAUUUAUCAAGUGGAACGAAACGUAAAUUAUCCAUUGGAAUAGCUAUUCUGGGAAAACCCAAAUUUAUAAUAUUAGAUGAGCCAACAGCAUCUAUCGAUUCAAAUGGUCGAGCAGAGAUUUGGGAUAUAAUUUUGAAAUAUAAAAAAGACAGCAUUAUUAUACUCACCACUCAUUUAAUGAUAGAGGCAGAAGUACUAGCUGAUCGUGUUGCCAUUCUUGUAGACGGUUCAUUACAAUGCUAUGGCACUCCAGCGUUAUUAAAGCAAAAAUUAAAAGUUAGUUAUCAAAUACAACUGUUCUACACAGUUAAGGAACAAAGAAAAGAAAUUGAAACGUUCAUUAGAAAAUAUAUAGAAGCAAAUAUAAAACCAGAAAUUCAAAUAAACUCAAACAAAUAUAUGAUGGACUUCAGUACAUUAACAGAAGAAGAAGCUAAAAUACCAAGCUUUCUGAAACUGUUAGACGAUCGGAAGAAAAAAUUCUCCAUCAACAAUUACAAAAUCCGUCUCAAUAUGUUAGAAGCCGUGUACCUCAGGUGUAUGGAAAUAUACAAUGCCAAAAUCAAAGCUGAUGAGCACAGACAACAAGCAGGUGAUCAUAUGUUGAGUUCUUUACCAAAUGAAAAUAAGAGCAAUUAUUGGUAUAAAUUUAAACUUAUCGCAGACAAGAAUUUGAAAAUACAUCGAUCUAUGAUCACAUCUUGGACAACCAUGAUUAUUCUCUUUUAUUUAUUUUUCGUCUUAACUUUUACCAUGAACGACAGCGGAUAUAGAAACCUUAGCAAAGAUGGUAAAAGACUUCCGCUUAGUUUAGAUUCAUACGGGAUCACAAAAGUCUAUUAUGAAACGAAUUGUGAUGGAACGAAGAUAGAACGCAUAUUUACAAGUCUAGUCGAAUCGACUUCGUCAAGAGCACAUAAAGUUGAAAACAUUUCGAAAACUGUAAUCGACGUUGGAUUUAAUAAUAUUGUAGAAUACAAACAGAAGCUAAUAGUGGGGGCCAAGAUUAUUUGCGAUGAAACCUCGAAACCUCUAAAAAUUAUGGUCAUGUAUGGAAAUCACCCCAUUCAUGGAGCUCCUAUAUCCUUAAAUUUAAUUACAAACGUUCUUGUAAAAUAUUUAACUGACGAAAAUCGUGAAAUAAUUGCUUCGAAUACACCUUUAAGAUCAGCGAAACACGGAAAUCAACCCAAGAACGUAUUUUUAGCGGAUUACAUCAUAUCUUGGGUGAUACUUUUGUCGAACGCUUGUUUAUUUUCUGUCGUUAUGUUUUCUGCUUUGCCGACAUUAGAAACAAGCUCAUUUAUAAAAACCUUAUCCAGGAUUUACAAAUUAAAUUCACUUCCUUACUGGUUUUUUAAUUACGUUAUAGAUAUACUAUUGUAUCUUAUUAUUAUUAUAAUACCGAUUAUGGUUUUGGGAAUAGCUUCCACUUUAAAUUUCGUGAUACUGCAAACAAGUGGUUAUUGGAAUUUAGUAAGUAUCCUGAUUUUGUAUGGGAUAACUAUGAUUCCGCAUACAUAUCUUUAUUGCUUUUUCCAAUCAUCAGUUUCGAAUGCAAUUGCGGUAUUAUUAAUACUGAAUAUGUUAAAUUCGGUUCUGGUUGCUAUGACGUUUGUACUCAAGGAAUAUUUUGGUCUAGAAUUAUUUCUUUACAUUUUUUCGAUAAUCGAUCCUCAUGUUGUUUUUACUUACACUUUAUCCGUUUUUUGCCAAAAAAUGAUCAACAAUCACAAUUGGGAUGUGAAAACACCGGAACAAAAAGAAAUAAUCUGUUAUGAUACACCUUUACCUUGCUGCGAUCCAGAAAGUGUUAAGUGUACAGAAGAGAGAGCUUAUAUACCAUAUCCACUUUAUCUUUAUAUAAGCACUGUAUCGGCUGUGAUUAUAUUAUUUACAAUCAUUAUAAUGGAUAGUGGAAAUACAUAUUGGAAAAAUAUUUUCAGAAAGCCUGAAGAAAAUGUUACAUUUGGCGCUAAAGGAGUACAAAAAAGCUACAAAAGCGGUAUAUUAGGAUCAAUAUUCAAAUCGGCUCCUAUAAAAGUUGUUAAAGAUCAAUCAUUUGAGGUAUCCAAAGGAGAAUGUUGUGGUUUCAUUGGAGUUAAUGGAUCCGGUAAAACUACAUCAUUUAAAAUACUAACAAAUCAAGAACAACCAGACGAAGGUGUAAUUUAUAAAGACAAACAUUCAUUAAUUGGAUAUUGUCCUCAACAACAUUCUUUACUAUAUUCUUUUACUGGAAAAGAGCUACUUACUUACUUUGGCAAAUUAAGAAAUCCAUUCAUUGACGAGAAAAUCAUAGAUGAAUUACUUGAAAAAUGCGAUUUAGAUAAAUUUAAAAAUAAGCCAUGUGGUACUUACAGCAGAGGGAAUAAGAGAAAAUUAAAUAUCUGCAUAGCACUGAUAAAAGAUCCCGAUAUUAUUAUAGUCGAUGAACCUACAUCGGGCCUUGAUCCAGAAAGCAGAGAAAAACUAAUGAUGUUCUUAAUGGAAACUAAAGCACGUUUGAAAUCAGCUUUACUUUUUACGUCACAUGCUAUGAAUGAAUAUGAAUUACUCUGUGAUAAAUUCUUAGUAAUGGGAGUGGAGGGAGUUAAACAUGAUGAAUGUUAUACGGCAAAUGAAUUAAAAGAAAUGUUUAACCUCGGUCAUAUUGCUCAAAUCAAAGUAAAGACGGGUGAACCAUGCGACCCAAUAUUACACGCUUUAAUAGAGUUGCUUGUGGACGUUUCUAAAGUAACUUAUAAAAAUUACAUUUUAACUGUUUCCAUUAAGAACUCUGAUUUGUGUUCAAUUAUAGAUGCGCUGACAAAAAUAAAAAGUGAAAGAACGGAUGUCACUAAUUUCAUGGUGAAGGAAUCAUUUUUGGAUGGACUUUUCUUAGAAAUCAUGAAAGGAAUCAAUAAAUAACAUUAAUCGAAAAGAGAUAACUUUCAUUCACCUAAUUUUAUGGGUUACAAUUUAGAAGCUAUCAUUUAUAAACAUUUUAUUGAUCAUUUCUUAAAUUUAAUAUAGUAAAGUAGAAGAUAAAAUAUAGUAGAUAAAGUAUAUUUUUGUAAAAAAAAAAAACAAACAUUUACAAUAAAUCAUCACUUUUAAGAACCA